CGCUGAUAAAAAGCUUUGUCAAACGCAGUGUGUUGUGUGGCUGUAGCCAAAAUCAUGACAACACGCAUAGAGAGCCUUCUUCAAAGCCCUUUUGAGUCGCGGUUAGGUCUGCCUCUUCAUUUGUGGCCAACAGACGUUGCCCAAGACUUCAACACUAAAACACACUCUCUCCCAUGUAGCCCAGAACCUUGGCUUCUCCCAGGCUGCAGUUCAGUGUAUGAUAGUCUUGUCAGCUGUUCAAAGACCCCACAGUCCGCUUCACAUAAUGGAGAAAAGACUUGUGCUGGUCAGAAGCCUCGCAGGUCAUCCAUUCUUGAGCGGUGCAUCCUGAAGAUGUCUACGGCUAGUGUUGCUGUUGGAACGGAAGACAUUGAUGGGAUCAACAGGUCCCCAUCAGGGCGACAGUGGUGUCCCAACAAUGCAGACCCGGCACAACUUGAGACCAAUGAGGCAGUUUUGAAGCGUAGACAAAAACAGAUUCAGUAUGGAAAGAACACCUGUGGCUACCAGAACUAUGUUCAAAAAGUUCCAAAGCAUCUGCGUGAGCCUGGGAUUCACCCAUCCACUCCAAACAAGUACCGCAAAUAUAGCCGCAGAUCUUGGGAUAUGCAAGUCCGUCUCUGGCGGAGGGCACUUCAUGCAUGGGACCCACCAUCUGCUUUCCAGAAAGACAUGGAGGGACAAGAUCCUGUUGAUCAACUGCAGAGCUUGCUUGAGAAGAUGAAUACAGAGCUGUGCGACUGUGGUGAAAAGGAGGGCAGAGAAUGGGAACUGGCACCGGACACCAUGUCGUCGUCCAUCUUUUCACAGUCUUCGGAGUUCUCAAACGAUGGUCAUUGGCUGUAUUCUAAUGCCACUCAGGUUGGAGUCCCAUGCCACCGGAGCCAAAUCUCUCAGCCCGGACUGGGCUAUGCCUUUAACAGUCACCUGACAGCACAGGAGAAUGUCCUUGGAUGGUUGCGCUUUCUCCUUGAGACGGACCACAACCAGGCACCUUUGCUGCAUGAAGAGCCUUUCUGGAGAUUUGCAUAGCGUCUCAAAUCAUGAUAAUGUUCUGCACCGAUUGGGUGCAAAGCUUGUUCUCCAGCGACGUUUGAAUUGCACUUGGAUCACCGUCUCCUAGUUCAGUAUGCUUUGCACUUUAUUUAUUAUUAUAUAUAUUUUUUUUAAUCUAAGCACCCUCUCUAAAUGUUUCAAUAUUGUACACGUUUAAGUACCUGUUAUAGCUAUUAUUCCUCACUUUCUGGUUUGCUUUAAGUUUCUUUCCCUUCUAAAGCACAGGUUUUAUUCCUUCUGUUCUGUGUUCCUAACACUCUCUUCUUCCUAGUUGUCACGUCAAUGUUUUUCUAAAAACAGGAAGUUCCAAAGUUUUAUUUGGUGUGUGUGUGUGUGUGGACCUCUAUGAAUGGAAAAACUAAUAAAGUUGUGGACUGGC